CAACAGAAGCUUUCAGUGCAUAUGUAUUUCAUGACUCACUUUACCCAAAAGUACCUUAUUGAUGAUAAGUUCAUGCACUGGUCUGCUGCCUACCAGCCACAAAUUUUCAUCAAUAUGGAAACGAACAACUAUAUUGAGAACUGGCACAGCCAAUUGAAGACAAACUACAUACAAAGAAAGAGGAAUAUAAGACUGGAUCGCUUAAUCUUUAUCUUGGUUGAUGAUGUUCAUGCCGAUUUUAUGCACAAUACCGCAGGGAUGGCUGCUAAUAUCGGACGUAUGAGCUCAAAGACUAGAGAGG